CCUUGGUGUGUGUGUGUGUGUAAACUAAGUUUCAGCAGCAGGGAAAUUGUCGGAGAACUCAGCACUUAGCAGGACAUUGUCUAAAACAUUCAAGAAAUAGGAAUGGGCGGGCCAGUGGGGGACAAAUUAACUAAGAAACUUCAGAAGCAAAGGGGGGAGCUACAGAGAACAUCAAGGUUGGAAUCCAAAUUGUUCUAAGACAGGCCAAUUUCAAGUCAGUGGCUCCACGCCAGCCCCUGACUUCUGGUUGGUAGACACUGAGCUGCAUCCUUUCUCUGAACAGAUGACACAUGAAGACAAUUCAGUGGAGCUCCAACCCCGGUCCUCUUACAGGGACUUACCCCAGCAUAUGGCAGCAGAACAACCCCGUUCCUGGUCUCUGGACUUGUUGUUACGCAGGUUGAGGUCCAUAGAGAGCAACCAGGGUGACAAGUUUGCCAGUAUCAUGGAAGCGAUGGGGAAGUUUGGCCCCUUCCAGCGAAGGCUGGUGGCCCUGUCCUUCAUCCCCAACCUCCUGGCGGUCGUGUUCAUGUACGCUGACCUCCUCGUGGCCGCAGAGCAGAAGGCCUAUUGCAACACCAGCUGGAUUCUGGCCGUGGGCCCUAACCUGUCAGAGGCUGAGCAGCUGAAUCUGACCCUGCCCCGGGACAUAAAUGGCAGCUUCCUGACCUGCCGCAUGUUCCUGCCUGUGAACUGGGAUUUGGAUUCCAUCAUCAAGUAUGGCCUCAACUACACACAGUCGUGCAGCCAGGGGUGGGUCUAUCCUGAGAGCAAGACGCGAUCAGUGAUCAAUGAGUUUGAUCUGGUGUGCGGUGAGGAAUUUUCCCCGGAAGCCGUGCAGUCCAUGUUCCUGACAGGCCUCUUGACGGGGGCGCUCAUCUUCGGGUUCAUAAGUGACAAGCUUGGCCGCUACCCCUCCAUCCUGCUGUCGAACGUGGGGAUCAUCGUCUUUGGCUUUGGGACAGCUUUCGUCAACAGCUUUCACCAGUACCUGUUCUUCCGCUUCGGGGUGUCCCAGGCCCUGGUGGGCCACAGCAUCACCAGCAUGGCUUUAACUGUCGAGUGGCUAGUGGGCGAGCACCGGGCCCACGCCAUCAUCCUGAGCCAGUGCUUCUAUUCCCUGGGGCUCAUUUUCCUGAGUGCGUUUGCCUACAGCUUUUCCAACUGGCGGUUGCUGUUUCUGUUGGGCACGGCCCCCGUGUUAUUCCUCGUCUCCUUUAUCUGGAUUCUCCCAGAGUCCCCUCGGUGGCUGUUGGUGAAGGGGAAGGUGGAGGAGGCCAAGCACGUACUGCGCUAUGCAGCGGACAUGAACAAGAGGACCAUUCCUUUAAGCCUGUUGGACAAGCUACAGGUGCCUGGAAAGAAUGUGACCAAUGCCUCCAUCCUGGACUUCUAUAACAAUAGUCAACUGCGCAAGGUGACCUUGGUGAUGGGCUGUGUGUGGUUUAGUGUUGGUCACAGCUAUUCUACACUGACCUUGAAGAUGAGGGAUUUUGGUGUGAAGUACCAGAUGAGCGCGAUAAUUCCUGGCAUGAUGGGGAUGCCUGCCCGGCUGUGCAGCCUCUUUCUCUUUGAGCAUUUUGGGAGGAAGUGGACUAUGGCUGGGUCUCUCUUCCAAGGCAGCUUCCUGAACUUGCUCAUUCUUUUCAUCCCCUCAGAGUUGAAAACCACGCUGAUGUUGUUGAUCCUGGUGGGACAAAUCAGCCUGACCGCCUUGAUCACCUUGUUCUUCGCCUACGGUGCCGAGCUCCUGCCUACCAUCCUCAGGACGACGGGUCUGGGGCUGGUGACUCUGGCCUGGGCAUCUGGAUCCUUCGUGUCCCUGGCAUUCAUCACCUGGAGUCCCCCCAGCAUCACCAAUUAUAUUGGCUGCAUCUCAGCCAUUCUGUCCUUGUCCCUCUUCUAUAUGCUUCCAGAGACGCAACAUCUGCCCCAUUCCGAUACUCUGGAUCACUUUCCCUUGUACAGAAGGAGGUAGGUGUGUGUGAGGGCUUUGGCCAACACAGGGCCUGGUUCUCAAGCUCUGAAAGUAUGUCAAGUGCUGUCCAUUCCUGCCCCUGUGCCCAAAGGGCCUGUGACGUAAGAGCCACCGUGUCCACAGCUUCUUCCCGCUCUCCUGAUGCUGCCACCCAACUCUACCCAUCCCAGCCCCUGCUCUCCCGCCCAGCCUGGGCCAGGUCCUUUCCUCUCUGUACCUCCUGGAAGCCUGCCUGGCCUUGAGCGCUACCUUAUAGAUGCCCUGGGCUCCCUGCCCUCCCAGGGCGAAGGGCACCGGCUGAGAUCAGCUCUCUCGGCCUCAGCAGCUCAGGUCCCUGUUUAAGAACUAGGAUCUACCCCAUCCCCUUCGUGGGCACCCUGGUCUCCUAAGUGCCCGCUGGAGAAGACUUGUGAUUGGCAGAACCAUCAUUUCUGGGAUUUGGGCCAACAGAGUGCAUCACUCUCUGCAAGCAAUAGUGCGGGGUCCUCCGCUCAUACCACAGGGGUCACUGCCUCUCUCGUUCUCCUGUCUUCCUCCCCACCAUUCUCCUCAGACGCUCAUUGGCAUCACCAGGGUUGGGCUGUCAGUGGUAAGAGCCAGCGAUAGUUUAUGGCAGUGGUCGGCAAACUCAUG